UCCUCAUUCAGGGGACAGAUCAUAACAGGCCUGCAUUUCUCGGCAUAACACCUGCAGAUUUACGAGCUCCGGUCACACAGAGGUUCGUCUCUGCAGGAGGUCCAGCUCCCCGUCACUGCUCCACAUUCUCUGAGCCGAGUCACUUCCGUCGUGUUUUAUCAACUCACGCAGCGCUAAAAAGACAUGGCUUACCAAUCGGCCUUGACCGGCCCUGGGACCUGGAGCACCGACCUGUGCGACUGCUGCAAAGACACCGGCGGCUGUUUGUUCGGGUUGUUCUGUUUCCCCUGCAUGCAGUGUCACACUGCCAAAGCGUACGGAUGGUGCUGCCUCAUGCCGGUCCUGGACAUCUGCGGCGUGGUGUCCUGUAUACUCCGCAACAAAAUUAGAGACCGCUACAACAUUCCUGGCUCAUGCUGUGAUGACUGCAUGAAAAUAGCGUGCUGCUACCCCUGCGUGUGGUGCCAGAUGAAUCGAGAGCUGAAGAUCAGGGGCAGCACUCAGUCGGGCGACAACGUGGUCACCGCUCAAAUCGGUCGAGAUUAACAUGCCGCCGACUCUGAGGUGGCGUGUUGAGUCCGUCUGAAAUGUUCUGCAAAUACUUCAGGUGGACCGCAGUUAUAAAACCAACACAGUUUAACACGUGUGUUAGUUUAAUGCUUUUCAGCUCGUUGUAGUCCAACAUUUUCUUUUGCUACUUUUCUAAGGUUUUGGAAUUAUAAAUCAAAUGCUUCUUAGCAUGUUUAGUUUGAUAACAACAGGGUUGAGGUUUCUGACUCUUGUUCCUAAAUAAAAUACUUUUUGCAAAUCUU